AUGGUUGGAAACCCAGAUCUGAAAAUCGUCGAUGAUUUUGCUUCCACCAUAGAUUCCGAUGAGAAGGUCAUGUUGUCGAGCAACACUAGUUCUCGACUCUAUGAUGACAAAGAUCCGUUUCCUAUUGUGAAUUUAGAUGAAGAAGAGUCAACCACUGUAGCUGUUGGAGCCAAGAAGAAAAGGAAGAGACUCGUGAAGGUCUCUGAGAAGAAGAAAAAGAAGGCAGAUGUCGUCGCCUCGAAGUCAACAGCUCAAGGAGAGAAUAUCGUAGCUCCUGCAAUGGAGAAGACCAGUGCUCCCCCUGCAACCGAGAAGGUCACCACUCCCCAAGUGGAGGGAGGACCUCCACAAAUGGUGUGCCGCUUUCUGGUUGAGGAUGCUAUGUACAGUGGGAUGGCAGCAGAUAUCGAGGAGGUUAAUAUGGCUGCCAGAAAAUAUGGAGCCCAUAAAGUGGCUGUUGCAGGCCUCAAGAGAUUUAACAGGGACAUGCCCAUUAAGGCCAAGUGGUUCAAACAAUUUCUGAAGGAGAGCCCGAAGAAGACCAUGCACGAGGCUCUGAUAAAGGUUCUUAAUAAGCUCAGUAGCGAGCAGCUACCCCUAUGGGAAUCUUUAUGCGAAGCUCUUGUCAAGAUGGGUGCUUCUGAAGAUACCACCAUGUUUCUUGGUGAUCCUGCAACAGUCUUGUCCAAGGGCCCAAGCGAGGAGGAGCCAAUUCCUGAGGUGUUGGACGAGUAUAUCGGCAUCGAGCUCGAGGAAGAAGAUGAUGAGGCCUCAAAGGAGGAUGUGGAUGAUACUGGCAACUCAGGAGUGCAGAAGAACGCCGGAGAGACAUCUCAAAGUCAUCACAAGGAUGAGGUUCUUGCUCGAGUGCAGCACAUGAUCUCAAUAAGAAUGCGUCGGUUUAUAUCGGUGAUGGACAUGCUGAAGGAAAGAACUCGCAAAGUCGAGCUCCUGAUGGAAUACAUAAGCGAGCUCCAGAACUUACUGUUGGAUCACAACGUCGACUUCCCAUCUUUUGAGAACCCCGAAGAGGUGGUAGAUCCUAGAACCAAGAGCUCUCGAGAGGAACUCCUUUUAAGGGUUCAUACUCAGGAUAAGGAGAUUAUAGAUCUCAAGGAUAAGCUCAACCAGAUAUUUGAGCUAUUAUGGAGAAUUUUAACUAUGGAUAUGGAGAGACUCCGUAUUAUGGUUAUGAUUCUGAAUAUGGAGACUAUCCUACAUAUCAAGAAGAUCCGUACUCUUGGAACAAUUUGUUUUCAGAUCCUUACUAUGGUUGUGAUUAUCAAGGGUAUUCAUUUUAUGCUGGGUACAAUUCUGGUUAGUGCGUAUAUGAGUCCUAAGAUGUUGUCAUGUUUGGAGAGAAUUGAUAAAUUGAUGGAUGACAUCGAGAAGAAAAAUGCUUCAUAUUUCUCUCAAGAGGAUUGUUACCACUCAAAUGCAUCGGUAUAUCAACCACCACCUUCUCAACCCACUCUAAGAGAGUUAGCAGCUCGUCAACCUACUCUGAGAAAGCUAGCAGCCUUACAGUCAUCACCUUGUCAACCCACGUUGAGACAGUUAGGAUCUUCGUAUCAACAGCCACCUGCUCAACCUCAACUUACUGUUAGAGAGGCAGCUCUUCGAGAUUUUCAAAGUGAAAAAGGCCAACAACUUAUCGAAGAGGUCAAUCAAUAUAGGUUGAGUGUGGGGUUGCCGGAAUAUGAUCCUAUAGGAAAUUUGCUUAAAUUGAAUAAGAAUGAGAAGAUUUCUGAAGAUAAUUCAUUGGUCCAGUCUCCCCAUCCACCAUCUCAAACUGAGCUUGAAUAUGAAGAAUUAGAAGAGACCAAAGAGAUUAACAGACCAGAUAUUCUAAGUUCUCCUGAUUCUUCUAGUAUAUACAUAGUAGUUAAGCAUGAUUCGCUCAUUCUGAGAGUUGGUGACAAAAAUGUGGACACAUGUGGACACAUGUGGUCCUCAAAAUCUCUUAUACUAGGGACAACCUCACCAUAA